UUUCCUCCUUUAGAGUUUAGAAUUCUGUUCCCUCAGCUCACAGGGAUUCUGACACUUGCCUUCUUCAUCCACAAUUGUGUCAUCACACUUCUUCAAAAUAACAGGAAUCAAGAAAACAAUGUGAGAGACCUCUCUAUUGCAUACUUCCUGGUGGGAUUAACAUAUCUGUAUGUCGGAGUGAUAAUUUUUGCAUCUUUUCCUUCACCACCACUAUCCAAAGAAUGUAUUGAACAGAAUUUUCUAGAUAACUUUCCCAGCAAUGACAUCAUGUCAUUUGUUGCAAGAAUAUUCAUGCUGUUCCAGAUGAUGACUGUAUACCCGCUCUUGGGCUAUCUGGCACGAGUUCAGCUGUUAAGACAGUUUUUUGGAAAUGCUUACCCAAGCAUUUUGCAUGUGCUCGUCCUGAACAUGGCAAUUGUAGGAGCUGGAGUGGCAAUGGCAAGAUUUUAUCCAAAUAUAGGAGGUAUCAUAAGAUACUCUGGAGCAACAUGUGGUCUGGCCUUUGUGUUCGUGUAUCCCUCCCUCAUCUACGUGAUCUCCCUGCGUCGUGCUGGGCAGCUGACGUGGCCAGCAUUGAUCAUUCACAUCUUUAUAAUCCUCCUUGGACUGGCUAAUCUGAUUGCACAAUUCCUAUUGUGAAAACCCCCCCUUCUCCCUGUGGCUGCCGCAAGUGGUACUGUGACAUUUGGCAACAGCCUUGAGCAACACUGUCACGCAUGAGAAUGAACAGUCCUCCAUGUGAUCGUCUUGAGAAAGUCUGCACCUUUGAAGCAAAUUCAAACCACAUCUUUUGGGAGCUGGACAGGAAACCUGUCAUGCUCCUCUGAAAACACAGUUUUAUGAGAAGUGAAAUGGUUCACAUUUGAGUGGGGUAGUUUUGUUGAAAAGAUCAUCA